CAAGUCGUCCUUCUGCAUACUACACGUAAUUAAAGCAACAUGUGAGAAAUGUUGAUAAAUUUUGAAAAAUAUAUAUUACACCAAAACCCAGGGUGUAAGAAAUUAUCCAUUUGCAUAUUAAUUGAAGGCUGACCACCUGAUAGUGUUCCAGCCUUGGUACACAAACAUAGCGAAAGCCUCGAUGUCGUCCCUCACCGAGGAUUCCGAGCUGACGGUGGAGUUACCAUUUGGACAAGAAAUAACGGUUAUCCAGACUUCCGAUGGGAAAAUUAAGUGUCCCUUGUGCACCGUCCUGGUCUCCUCCGUCGCCUACUUUAAAAACCAUCACACCUACAAACACACGAGGAAAGACCUGCUCUGCGACUUUUGCGGUUUACGUAACCUCCCUGACCAGGCAACUUUCGAGGAACACGUGACAACAUUCCAUUCUGACGAGAAUCUGCUAAAAUGUGCGAAGUGUGGGUAUCUUGCUAAAGAUAAAUUAGCCUUGUGGCGACACAUUACAAGUACAGAGGUCCACCGAGAAAAUAAAUUCCUCUGUGGACAAUGUGACGCAGGGUACUCAUCCGCUGCAAGCUUAAAGAUCCACGUGCACAAAAAGCACCUAAACCAACCCCUGCCUCUCAGCAAGUGUAAAGAAUGCGACGCUCAAUUCCAAGAAAGGUGGUCACUCCGCCACCACGUGGCAACCGUACACCGGGAAAAUGUGAUAAGCAAGUGCACCCAGUGUCCGAAAGAGUUCGAAAACUUGGCACGCCUUAAAGCCCACGUGAAAAGACAACACGCCGCCAUAACUCAAAGUAACCCGUGUUCCCUGUGCAACAUAAAUUUCCGGCAGCCCGAGCACCUCAGGCGACACGAGAGAUCAGAAACGCAUAAAUUGAUGGCAAACGGGGAGACGGCCGAGGCUCAGGCUAGGAUCGAGGUGACGAAGCACAGGACAAAGAGAAACAAGAUAACGGAUGGCAUCCUCCCAGACUCUGACUCGGAGAAAGUGACAUAUGUCCCAAAAAGAGUAAGAACUUAUAAGAGAGUGAAAAAAAUGGGGCAAAUUAUUCACCCAAAGGGUGCACCAAAGAAAAACCAGCCGCGGUCACAACCUAAAGUGGGGCGUUCGGAACUUAAAACGACCCGAAAACGGGGCAAGAUCAAAACUGAAAUCGAGUACGAUGAAAGAGAAGAUGAUUCCACCUCAAUUAUAAAAAUUGAAGACCCAUUCAUCAAACUUGAACCUGAUUAUUUAGAUGACGAGGAAUGUGACGGAUUAUAGAAAUAAAUUAGUAACUAAAAUAUAUAACAAAUCGCAUUUUUGUAUAUAUGCAUAUACAUAUACAGUUAAAUAUAAUAAUUAUUUUUUUACGAAAAAUA